AUGCUGGACAUUUCUUUAUGUUUGAAACGACCAUCCUGGCUGGUGGACAGCAAAAGAAUGAGGAUGACUUCAGAUUUCCAGUGGCUCUUAUUAACAGUUCUGCUUCUGUAUUUAACAAAUCAAGUAAACAGCCAGGAAAAAAGGACUCUUCCUGAUUUGAAGUGUGUAACUAACAAUUUACAAGUGUGGAACUGUUCUUGGAGAGUACCUUCUGGAGCAGGUCGUGGUGCUGCUUAUGAAGUUUGCAUUGAAAACCGGUCCCAUUCUUGUUAUCAAUUGGAAAAAGAUAUUAAAAUCCCACCUCUUUUACCUGGUGAUUAUGAAAUAACAGUAAACCCUUUAUAUGGGUUUGGAAGUUCCAAAAGUAAAUUCAUACUAAAUGAAAAAAAUGUUUCCUUAAUUCCAGAAACUCCAGAGAUCUUGAAUUUGUCUGCUGAUUUCUCAACUUCUACGUUACACCUAAAAUGGAAUGACAAAGGUUCUGUUUUUCCACAUUACUCAAAUGUCAUCUGGGAAAUUAAAGUUCUACGUAAAAAGAAUAUGGAAAUUGUAAAAUUAGUGACCUACAGCACAACUCUGAAUGGCAAAGAUACAGUUCAUCAUUGGAACUGGACUUCAGACAUGCCCCUGGAGUGUGCCAUUCACUAUGUGGGGAUUAGAUGCUACAUUGACGAUCCUCAGUUCUCUGGUCGCAAAGAGUGGAGUAACUGGAGCCUACUGAAGAACAUCUCCUGGCCUCCUGAUUCUCAGACUGAGGUUUUUCCUCAAGACAGAGUGGUACUUGCAGGCUCAGAUAUAACAGUCUGUUGUGUGACUCAAGAAAGAGUGUUAUCAGCACAGAUUGGCAGUACACAUUGUCCCCUUAUCCAUCUUGAUGGGGAAAAUGUUGCAAUCAAGAUUCGCAAUAUUUCUGCUUCUGCAAGUAGUGGAACAAAUGUGGUUUUCUCAGUAGAAGAUAACAUAUUUGGAACAGUUGUUUUUGCGGGAUAUCCACCAGACAUUCCUCAGAAACUGAACUGUGAGACAUAUGAUUUAAAAGAAAUCAUUUGCACUUGGAAUCCAGGAAGACCGACGUCCUUGGAGGGCCCACGCAGUACAAGUUACACUUUAUUUGAAAGUUUUUCAGGAAAAUAUAGUAGAUUUAGUGGAAAUAAAGUGUCCACAAAUGAAAGCUACCAGUUAUUCUUUCAAAUACUUCCAAACCAAGAAAUAUACAACUUUACAUUGAAUGCUCAAAAUCUUCUGGGUCAGACAGAAUCAACACUUUUAAUUAACGUAACUGAAAAAGUUCAUCCCCGUAUUCCUACUUCAGUCAAAGUGAAGGAUAUUAAUUCAACAGCUGUGACGCUUUCCUGGCAUUUACCGGGCAACUUUACAAAAAUUAAACUGUUAUGUCAAAUUAAAAUUAAUAAAACUAACUCAGAGCAUGAAUUGCGGAGUGUCACAAUGAGGGGGGUAGAGAGUUCAAAUUACCUUACUACUGUGGACAAGUUAAAUCCAUAUACCAUAUACACUUUUCGGAUUCGUUGUUCUACUGACCCUUUCUGGAAAUGGAGCAAAUGGAGCAAAGAAAAACAGUAUUUAACCAAAGAAGCCAUUCCUUCAAAGGGACCAGAUACUUGGAGGGAGUGGAGUUCUGAUGGAAGAAAUCUAAUAAUAUAUUGGAAGCCUUUACCCAUUAAUGAAGCUAAUGGAAAAAUACUUUCUUAUAAAGUAUCGUAUUCAUCAGAUGAGGAAACACAGUCCCUUUCUAUUCCUGAUCCUCAACACAAGGCAGAAUUACAACUUGAUAAAAAUGACUACAUCAUCAGUGUGGUGGCAAAAAAUUCUGCUGGCUUAUCACCGCCUUCUGAAAUAGCCAGUAUGGAAAUUCCCAAUGAUGAUCUCAAAAUAGAACAGGCUGUUGGAAUGGGAAAUAGGAUCCUUCUCACUUGGAAUUACAACCCCAACAUGACCUGCGACUAUGUAAUUAAGUGGUGUAACUCAUCUCAGUCUGAACCCUGCCUCAUGGACUGGAAAAGAGUCCCUUCAAACAGCACUGAAACUGUAAUAGAAUCUGAUCAGUUUCGACCAGGUGUAAGAUAUAAUUUUUCGGUGUAUGGGUGCAGAAAUCAAGGAUAUCAAUUAUUACGUUCUAUAAUUGGAUAUGUAGAAGAAUUGGCUCCAGCUGUUGCUCCAAAUUUUACUGUUGAGGAUACAUCUGCAGAUUCUAUAUUAGUGAAAUGGGAAGAAAUUCCUGUGGAAGAGCUUAGAGGGUUUUUAAGAGGAUAUUUGUUUUACUUUGAAAAAGGAGAGAGAGACACAUCUAAGAUAAUGGGUUUGGAAUCAGGUCGUUUUGACAUAAAGGUUAAGAAUAUUACUGACAUAUCCCAGAAGACACUGAGGAUUGCUGAUCUGCAAGGUAAAACCAGCUACCACCUGGUCUUGCGAGCCUACACGGGCGCAGGAAUGGGCCCAGAGCGGAGCAUGUUUGUGGUGACAAAGGAAAAUUCUGUGGGUUUGAUUAUUGCCAUUCUCAUCCCAGUGGCAGUGGCUGUCAUCAUUGGAGUGGUAACAAGUAUCCUUUGCUAUCGGAAACGAGAAUGGAUUAAAGAAACCUUCUAUCCUGAUAUUCCAAAUCCAGAAAAUUGUAAAGCUUUACAGUUUCAAAAGAGUGUCUGUGAGGGAAACGGUGCUCUUAAAACAUUGGAAAUGAAUCCUUGUACCCCAAAUAAUGUCGAGGUUCUGGAAACUCGGUCAGUGGCUCCCAAAAUAGAAGACACAGAAAUAAUUUCUCCAGUGGCUGAGCGUCCAGAAGAUAGCCCUGACACGGAACCCGGAAACCACGUGGUUGUGUCCUACUGUCCACCCGUCAUCGAGGAGGAGCUAGCCAGCUCAGGAGCAGAAGAAGGCGGAGGGGCCUCACAAGUCAUUUACAUUGACGUCCAGUCCAUGUACCAGCCUCAGGCAAAACCAGAGGAGGAACUGGACAGUGACCCUGUAGGGGGAGCAGGCUAUAAGCCACAGAUGCACCUCCCCAUUACUUCUGCUGUAGACGAUUUGGAUGCAGAUGAUGACUUAGAUAAAACUGCAGGUUACAGACCUCAGGCAAAUGUAAAUACUUGGAACUUGGUAUCUCCAGACUCACCUAGGUCCACAGACAGCAACAGUGAGAUUGUGUCUUUUGGAAGUCCAUGCUCCAUUAACUCCCGACAAUUUUUGAUUCCGCCUAAAGAUGAAGAUUCUCCUAAAUCAAGUGGAGGAGGAUGGUCCUUUACAAACUUUUUUCAGAGCAAACCAAAUGAUUAA